GUGGAGAACUCUAUUAUUAAGAAUUUUUAGAGGUAUUUUUCACGUUGUCUUGUCAUCUAGGGAUUUUUAGAUAGUUUAACUAACUAACGGUGAAGAAGAAACUGCCUCAUCAAAAAAGUCCUUCGGUAUUUACUAUUUAGCUUAUGAUUUUCAGAAUAUUGAAAGUAACUAGCGAGAAAGUAUGUUUCAUUGUCCCGUAAACACUACUGUAGGUCGAGGCGUGAUGCCGAGCGUGAAGUUGGCGCUGGACCACGUGAACGAGCACGACUCCGUGCUCAGGAACUACCGGCUGCACAUGUGGUGGAACGAUACUGAAUGUAACGCAGCAGUGGGCGUGAAGUCAUUCUUUGACAUGAUGCACAGCGGGCCGCACAAGCUGAUGUUAUUCGGCGCCGCGUGCACGCACGUCACUGAUCCCAUCGCUAAGGCCUCCAAGCACUGGCAUCUCACGCAGCUAUCUUACGCCGAUACCCACCCGAUGUUUACGAAGGAAGCGUUCCCGAACUUCUUUCGCAUAGUGCCCUCGGAGAACGCGUUCAACAUACCGCGCAUCAGACUGCUGCAGCACUUCAACUGGACCAGGGUCGGGACUAUCUACCAGAACGAACCUAGAUAUGCUUUGGCUCACAACCGUCUCCUAGUAGAUCUAGACACGAACGGCUUCCUCAUAGAAGAAACACAGAGCUUUGCGACGGAAGUGAAGACGGCGCUCGCUAAGCUGAAGGAAAAGGACGUCAGGAUCAUCCUCGGUAACUUCAACGAGACUUGGGCGCUGAAGAUCUUCUGUGAAGCCUACAAACUAGAAAUGUAUGGGCGCGCGUACACGUGGCUUCUGCUAGGAACGUACAGCAACAAGUGGUGGAUGAGACGCGCGCCGUGCUCCAAGCGGAAUCUUACCACCGCGUUAGAUACCGCCAUCUUAACCGACCUUCUGCCGCUCUCCACUACCGGCGAGAUGACUGUCUCUGGCAUCACUGCCAAAGACUACCAAGUAGAAUACGAUAGGAGACGAGGCACGGAAUAUUCUAGAUUUCAUGGAUACACCUACGAUGGUAUAUGGGCAAUGGCGUUAGCAAUACAGACGGUGGCUCAGCGAGUCAAACUGAAAUACAAGGAGAAAACUGUGCAGGACUUCAGAUAUCGAGAUAAGGAAUGGGAGCAGCUGUUCUUGGACGCCCUCAGCAAUGUUACCUUUGAAGGAGUCACGGGUCCAGUCCGUUUCUACGAUAACGAGCGGAAAGCAUCGAUCCUGCUCAAGCAGUUUCAGGGAGACGAGGUGGGGGAGGUGAAGGUUGGGGAAUACUGCGCCGAGAGAGACCACCUAGACUUAGCCAGUGGAGACACUUUCAAGUGGAUCGGAAAGAACCCUCCGAAAGACCGCACGCUUCGCCUGAUUGAGCAUACCCAAGUGAACAUCACCAUCUACUCAGUUCUGGUCUCCUGCUCGGUUCUGGGAAUCCUGCUCGCCACCGGCUUCUUGGCCAUGAACAUUCAUUACAGAAACCAGAGAUACAUAAAGAUGUCAUCCCCUCACCUCAACAACCUGAUCAUCAUCGGCUGCAUGCUGACGUACCUCAGCGUGAUCUUCCUCGGCCUUGACUCCAGCCUCAGCAGCAUCGGUGCGUUUCCCGUCAUCUGUACCACUCGAGCCUGGCUGUUGAUGGCGGGUUUCAGCCUCGCGUUUGGAGCCAUGUUUUCCAAGACCUGGCGGGUCCAUUCCAUAUUCACUGAUGUGAAGCUGAAUAAGAAGGUAAUCAAAGACUACCAGCUGUUCAUGGUGGUGGGAGUUCUCCUAGCUAUUGACCUGGCCAUCAUGACCACCUGGCAAAUAUCAGACCCCUUCUACCGCGCUACAAAGCAAAUGGAUCCUUAUCCCCAUCCAUCGAGCGAGGACAUCGUCAUCGUGCAAGAGAAUGAGUACUGCCAGUCCGAAAGGAUGCCCAUCUUCAUCGGAAUCAUAUACGCAUACAAGGGCCUUCUGCUGGUAUUCGGUGCGUUCCUGGCGUGGGAGACGAGGCAUGUCUCCAUCCCGGCGCUGAACGACUCACAGCACAUCGGCCUGUCUGUCUACAACGUGCUCAUCAUGUGCAUUAUGGGCGCUGCUAUCACUCUGGUUCUGGCUGAUCACAAAGAUGCUUUGUUUGUCCUCAUCGGUAUCUUCAUUAUCUUCUGUACAACAGGAACGCUAUGUUUGGUCUUUGUGCCUAAGCUACUAGAACUACGUCGGAACGGUCAACCAGGUGCAGCAAGCGGUCGCAUCCGCGCCACUCUUCGACCCGCCUCGACGCAUGAGUGCCGUUCCCCGGGGCCGGAGCUGGAACGAAGGUUGAAGGAGCUGCGACAGUACAACAAUCGGUACCGAAGGACGCUGCAGGCUAAAGAGAAUGAGUUGCAGAUGUUGUUGAGUAAACUGGGUAGUGACGCCGGGUCAGAGUCCUCGACAAGAGACUCCCGCUCUCCAGCCACGCAGAGGACCAGACUUCCUGUACCUAAAGAGAACAUUAGUCAUCCAGAAACCAGUGACAUUACGUCAGUAUGCAGCCUAAGCGCGUCUGCCGGAGCUGAGGCGGAGUACAUCAACCUGCAAACCCAACAGCCCAUCGAUAAGCCAAAACCAUCAGCGCCACCAGAACCAAUUAAAGAACCACCUCCGAGGGAACCAAAGAAAGAGCAGACAAAGAAUGUCUCCUUCAAGAAUCACCUGGACUACACCAGUCCACCAUCGUCUAAGGCAGUUCCUGAGAAAGAUCAACUCGCGAAACUGCCGUAUGGUUGGACUUCGGAAGAGCCAUCAGAACCAACACCCAAGCCGAUAACGAAAGUCUCCGAGGUGGCGAAAGCUGAGGCAAAGACCAUACCAGCUUUGAAAAGCAGUGACACUCCUACUGCUAAAUCUGUGCCGGCCAAGGUCCAAGAGCCGAUGUAUACGAAGGCUGCGACACCGAAGGUUAACAAGACCCCGGAACUACAGAAGAAAGUGGUGAAGGUUCAGGACUCGUCGACAAAAACCACGCCGUCGCGGGAACACAAGCCGGUGCCGCGCGGGCACCGGCGCAUGUCCAGCGUGAGUCAGGCUGCGUUGCUCACCGACCUCAUGCACGUCUCCGUGGACCAGGACGACCUGGAACCGCCACCAGGGAUGGAGAGGAAGGUUAUAGGUCAAGAGAGAGAUCCGCCGAUACCUCCAAAACCAAAGCAGGAGCCUGAAGACAUACUGGAUGUGGACCACGACUACUCCUCUGUCGAGAGGCGGAAAUCUUGUCAGAGAAGAGAUUCCGAAAAGAGAAAGAAAGAGAACUUCAUAGUUGUGCAGAGCGAUUUGUGGGACACCACAACUUUCCAGUACACGUGUCAGAAGUCUCCACCUGGAUCCACGCGUCAAAGUGAUCACACAGCACCUGAUGCUCACCAUCACUCGCCGAUGCAGAGGAGUGUCUCGGAGAAGAGCAGGCAACAGCAGUCACCGCAUCAUCAUAGGGAAGUCGACAGCAGAAGCAUGGAAAGGAGAGCGUCUAAUGCUUCUAUCAAUAUUCCUGGAGCGGCAAGAGGCGGUACACCUGAAGGGUACAGAGAAGCCGAGACACUCAGGAUGACUGACAGAUUAGCCAAGCGCCGCGGUUCGGAGUUCCCGCAACCGGUAAGCACGCCCCCGCAACAGUCUCAGGUCAAGCGGAGACAGUCGGCUGCUCAAGUCAGAUCAUACCACGAUGAAAGAACAGAAAAACCAGAAUUAAAAUCCCGGAGACAUGAGGAACUGCCCAAAACGCCAGUUCAAGAGGCACCCCAAGAAACAGAGUCCUGGAAACCGGACCCCGACACGAUUAGGGUGUCGAAAGGCCAAGAGUCGCCUGCAAAGAGGCUGCGACAAGAAGCCGAGCCUCUGAAGAGGGCGAAGGCAAGUGACUCUCCAAGAUUGACGCAGGCGAGCCACCCACCACGACCCGAUCACCAUAAAAGUAGUCCUAAUGUAGCUUCAAGGCAUAAAUCCGGUUCACCAAACAAUAAGCGAGAAGAGCGCAAAUCAGCAGCGUACAGAAGCGACUCAAAACGCCAAGACUCAGUGGAACAGCGAAAGAUGUAUACCGCCAGCUCGGAGUCAGAACUCUUCGAAUGUGCGAUCUUACCCAUCUUCCACAAACUCCUGACCGAGAGACACAAGAGUCAACCUCACGGGCUAAACCUCAGUUAUGGUGUCAGCUGUCCCAAUAUAUCCAUCAAGUGCGAUAUAGUUGAAUAUUUGUAAAUUAUAAAGGCUGGUAACACUGGUUUUGUGAUAAGAAAAAAACAGGUAAAAAUACUGGUAUAGGCUGCCUAUAUUUCGUAAAACAUUUCUCUAUGUUAUCUUUAUUUCAUUUCAAUAGAACUAAAAAAUGUCCCUAAAGCAACUGUUAUAAUCAGUCAGCUUGUGUUUGCUUUAUUCGAAAGUCUACAUCCGUUAUGUUUUUUUUAAAUGUUUCAUGAAAAUAACAAAACAACUUAAAUAUUUCAUGUAAACUUAAAUAUUUCAUGUAAGUGUCUAGUCUACAAAAUAAGAACAAUGCUUUAUUUAAAGCUUUAAAACAAACCAAAGACUUAUUUUAAUUUUUAAUUUUAAUUUAGAAAUACUUUUACGAGUCUAAAUUUAUUUUACUGAUUUUAUAUUUUUAUUAUGAAGCACUGAUGUUAAGCUUUAAUUUUUAUUCGAAGCAAGUAAGUUUAUAUUGCAAACUUAGACAUUACUUUAUUAAAAUUUGAGAUUUAAUUGCAAAACAUUUAACUGUCCUAGAUGCAAGAUUAAAAUAAAUUUUGAAAGUCGAAUAUUACUAAUUUAGUAAGAAUCCCGAUCGCUAGCAACAUUUAACCAGAAGAAGAGGAUACUAUAUAAGUUUGUCCUCGUAUGAAGAGUAGAAAAAUACAAUACAUUUGAGGUAGAAUAAGAAUGUGCAACUUCAAAAGAAUAUAGUUAUUUUUAAAUGGCAAAUUAAUAAAUAUUAAAAUUAAAUUCAUAUAGAUAAUUGUAAUUAAAUUGUAAGUAAAAUUGUAGAAAAUGUACAAGUUCGUUGACGGGUCAAUUUCAUGUAUAAUGUAGUAGACAGAAAUAUAUUGACGCACAAGGCAACACUGUACAGUCAAGAAUAAAAUUUAGUGCACAUAAAAUAUAGGAUACUUAAUUACCUACAAAAAUAUUCUAGAUUUUGUCAUUCUUGUGUUAUAAGUUAGUAAAUACAUAACAAUAGGUAAUUCACCUACUAGGUAGUCAAAUUAUAUUGGAUUCUAUCAUAAAAAUACUUUGAAAAAUAUAAAAUUAUUGUAAUAUUUACUUAACUCUUCAAUUUUUUUCUACGUGUUUUGUAUGGUAAUACGUUCCUUAUUAAUUCUAACUUUUGGCGUAAAUCAUAAAAAUUAUAACAAUACCUUAUUAAAUAAAGCUUUAGAGUGAUACAAUAUAUGCUCUAGUUCUUUAAAUUAUUUUAAACCUCGACGUUAUAACCUCCUAUACGAAAAUCACGCACUGGAAUACGUAAAUGUUUUAUAUGUCUACGUAGUUUUUAACAUUAAUAACUGUAAGUAAUCUAAACUGUAACAAUGUCAAGCAGGAAUAUUGUAUAAAAAUGUAAAUUUCGUAUUUAGACUACAAUUGGGAAA